GAAAGUAAAGUCUCUUCAAAGUGCUCGGGGUUCAGUGUUCGCUUUCCACGGGUCUCCGUUCGUUCGCGUCCGUGAAGUUCCGCCGCGCGAGGACGGACGCGUUACAUCAUCAGCGCACCUUACCGCAGGUGACACGGGACACCCCGGAAGAAGACGCGCGUCGACCGUCGCACGAGUCACUUGAGUUUCAAUCAAGCCCAGGAGAGCCGAGCCGAUCCGAUCACAGCCAUGACGGAGCUGAAGAAGAACAAGCUGUUUAUUGUGCUGAUGGAUCUCGUGUGCGUGCUCGCGGUGGCGAUGCCAUUCAUCACAAUGACCAUCAUGUUCCGGCCGUACCAGCGUGGCGUUUACUGCAAUGACGAGACCAUCCGUUACCCCUACAGGCCAGACACCAUCUCUCACAAAAUGAUGGCAGCCGUUACCAUUUCCUGCUCCAUCAUUAUUAUCACUUCCGGAGAGGCCUACCUGGUCUACACCAAACGCCUCUACUCUAAUUCCGGCUUUAACCAGUACGCUGCGGCGCUCUAUAAAGUGGUGGGGACGUUUCUGUUCGGCGCGUGUGUGAGCCAGUCUCUCACCGAUAUGGCCAAGUACACCAUCGGACGCUUGCGGCCCAACUUUAUCGCGGUGUGUGCUCCAGAAGUGUGCGAGGGCUACAUGCUAGAGAUAAAUUGCACGGGAAACCCACGCAACGUGACCGAAUCCAGGCUGUCCUUCUACUCCGGUCACUCCUCCUUCGGGAUGUACUGCAUGUUGUUUCUGGCGCUGUAUGUCCAGGCACGUAUGGCAUCUAAGUGGGCUCGCCUUCUCCGGCCCACAAUUCAGUUCUUCCUGGUGGCCUUUGCCAUUUAUGUGGGAUACACGCGCGUGUCUGACUACAAGCACCACUGGAGCGACGUGGUCGUGGGUCUCCUGCAAGGAGCGCUGGUCGCAGUCCUCACGGUGCGGUACAUCUCUGACUUCUUCAAAGAGCGCCCCCCUCGAUGCCCGGAUGUUGAAAAUGCUGAAAACGAAGACAGCGAACGCAAGCCCAGCCUUCAGAUCGCAGACACGGACAGAAACCAUUACACCUACAACAGGCCUGUAUGAGCCUGACCUUUGACCUGUGAGAGCACUGGAUGCUGCAGCACGUCUCGUACACUCGCACUGACUGCGCACGUUUCCACAGGACAACACUUCACACACACAGACAGAGAGAGCGAGGGAAUGCAUGAACUAACACUGAAUAUUAGAUUUUAUUCUUCUCUACAGGCCGUGUUUAUACUCAGUUUUGUCCUGUGCACGCUCAUAUAUGCCAAGUGCACAGAUUGCCUGACAUCUAAUGAACCGUGAGGGACUUUAUUGUAUCAGAGCACAAAGACGAACUUCUCCAAAGGGGAACUGGCUGUUUCCAUGACAACCUCAAAACCACCGGUUGACAUUUACGGACUAGCCGUACUUCUGCUGUUGGAAGCGAUUCUUUGGGCAUGGGAAAGAAAGUCAACUAUUCUAAGCCUUUAGAAGACAAGAAUUCAUGUUUUCCUGAGUAAGAAAUCCGGGAAGAGAACACUGAACAUGGAACAGAUGCCAAAAAAGAUCUUUCUCACAUUUUAGACAUUUUGUAUGGUUUUAUAGUGUGUGUGUGUGUGUGUGUGUGUGUAUACAUAUAUACAUAUUAGUGCUGUCAAAUGAUUAAUCACAAUUAGUCACAUUACAUAAUGUGCAUGUACUUAUGUGUGUGUAUAUUUAUUAUGUAUAUAUAAACGCACAUAUUGCAUAUAUUUGGAAAAUAUUAACUUUUUUUUUUACAUGUAUAUAUUUGUAAUUAUAUCAUAUAUACAAACACAUAAUAUAUAUAUAUCAUAUAUGCAUGCAUGUGUGAGUAUAUAAUAAUAAUAAAUAUACAUAGUUGGCACUUAUAAACAAAGUAAACUCGUAAACAAAGACUUUUAUUUUGGAUUGCAAUUAAUUGUUUGACAGCACUAUAUGUAUAUGUAUAUAUAUAUAUGUAUAUGUGUAUGUAUGUGUAUGUAUGUAUGUGUGUAUGUGGGUAAUAUUUGUGUGUUAAUUUUUUUUUUUUUUUAUGCAUAUUUUCUGUGACCAUAGGACACGGUCCAGUUGUUAUUUGUCAACUAUCCGUGUAAUAUCUUUUAUGUUUAAUGCUCUAAAGACUAUCGUGACUAUCGCUCACAUAACCACUAGCCGACUGAGGCACAUAUAUAUAUAUAUAUAUAUAUAUAUAUAUAUAGCGCGUAUUUCAUAGAAACGAGUCUUACUAAUCAUCCUAUCCAACAAUAAGGGUUAGGAAAUAUAUUAAGUAUCAGUUUAUCUUUGAAUAUUCAAGCUGAGUGAACAAAUGCUGCUUGUAAUAAACCAGUGAUGAUUCUCUAAGAGGCAGAAACUACCCGACAUGAUGAAAAACUGCCGCUUGUAGAUUUACUGAAUGUUUCCACAGCGUCAUGAUUGUUUCGUUUUUAUGUUUCUCUUUCUAUUUCUGAUUGGAUUUUCUUCACGAUGAAAUUGAAACGAUUAGCUUGUAAUCGCUCGCAUCUAUCCUGUACGGAUUUAUUCUCCAUUCACAUUUAUCCUUUACCCUAAUUCACCUCGCCACUUACUUUUUUAGUCUCCUUUCAGGAAGAUUUUGUCAGACAGAAUGGCAGAUUCGUUCUGCGUUAUGAUUGGUCAGAUUGCCUGUCAAUCAGGUGAAGGGUCUGGGUCAUUUAUUUUAUAACAAAUAAAUUGGAAGUCUGCAAGUCUUUGACGUGCAAUUUGCGCAAAAAUGAUCUGAAUUACCUUAAAAUGACCAUCUUUGGGUUCAGAUCAUUCUGAAAAAUGCGAACCUGGACCACAAAAUUAUGAUUUCUACACCAUCUAGGAGCUGAAUAAACAAGCUUUCCAUUGA